AUGCCACAAAAUGCAUACCCCGCUCCUCUGGUCAUCCCACCGCUUGUUGAAGAGCAUACACACACUAUUGUUUCGCUCCAUGGAAGAGGCAGCAAUGCUAAGCGCUUCGGUCAUGUACUUCUUGCCGCUGCGAACCUGCAAGCUCGACUUCCCACAGUGAAAUUCGUCUUUCCGACUGCAAGUAGGCGGCGGGCAACGAGGUUCAAAAAGAUGCCUAUCAAUCAGUGGUUUGACAACUACUCUAUUGAGGAUCCCGGAGAGAGAACAGACUUGCAAGUCGAAGGGCUCUGUGAGACUGCUAAAAUUAUUCGUGACUUGAUUAGCGAAGAGGUUCGCAUCUUGGGCGCGGGCAGCCAUGGAAAGAUCAUCCUAUGGGGGCUAAGUCAAGGUUGUGCUGCGGGUAUCUUCACUCUGCUAGGUGGCUGGCUCGAUUCUAGUGAAACAAGCACGAUCGGAGCAUUUGUUGGGAUGAGUGGAUGGCUGCCUUUUGAGCAGCAAUUGCACGAAAUUCUCCGAUGCGGUGAGAUUCCUGCGUCGGCUGGAGACGGCCAGGAAGCUCAAUCUGAUGAUAAGUCCGAGUCAGACUCGGACGAUGGAGAGAUAGCUAGGCAACUGUCCAGCAGUGAUGAAGAGUUAAAUGAAGAGUCGGAUGCAGAUGCAGAUGACUUCUCGGAACCUGACUUGGAUGACGAUCCAUUCAAAAGAAGCAGCCCUUCGCCUGACGAUUUCGAUCCCUUUGCUGACGACGAGGAAGAGGCCUCACUGCUUGACCACGCUAUCAGCCAUGUUCGCGAUAUUCUUGAUCUUCCAAUGAUCUCAACAGAUGAUCUUUCGACAGAGGAAUCGCAACCACAAUCAACCUUCCAUCAUCUUAAGACGCCUGUUUUUAUUGGCCAUGGCUCUGAAGACCCAAAGGUUUCUGUGGAACUUGGCAGAAAUAUGUCUCAUGUUCUUUCAUCCGGUUUGGGGAUGGACGUGACUUGGAAGGCCUAUGAGGGGUUGGGACAUUGGUAUCGCGUGGAGGAUGAGGUUGAGGAUAUCUUGAGAUUUCUUGGGGAUAGAGUCGACCUGCCAGUGAAACGAGUGCCAUGCCAAGAUCAACACGACUAA